AUGGUUAACAAAUCAGUACCACUAAGUCAAUUAAUUGGAGAAGCAGUUAGUGAUUUAAAUCCAACACCUGCAAUUUCUCGUUUUGAAGUAAUUUCUAAUAUUAUUAAAAAAAUUGAAAGAGCAGGAACUUCUUUGAGACUUCAAACAAUAACUAAAAUGAAGUAUUAUCUAAAAAAGCAAAUAAGUGAAAAAGAGAUGUAUUAUACAUUUUGCCUUAUUGAUUAUGUGUUAUGUAAUUCACCUUCAUUUAGAAGACAAGUUACUGAUAUUGAUUUUAUCGCAUAUGUUGAAGUGAUAGGUGAAUUUAAAAAUGCAAAAAUUGGAAAUAAAAAUUUAAAUUCAGUUUCAAGGAAAUGUAGGGAGUUAGUUCAAGAAUGGAAAUUUAAAUUUCCUAAUGAACUUGAAGAAUAUGCUUUUCUUUAUAACAAAUAUAAACAACGUGGAGUGUUUUUCCCUGAACUUAAAAAAGAAGAGAGUUUAUCAAUCAAAACAGAAGAAAUUCCAAAGAAAUGGAUGGAGCUUAUUCAAAAAUGUAAAAAAACUGAGAAACAAAUUAGAGUUACUGUUCAUAAAGCAACAGAAGUUGAUGAAUUGAUUGAGUUAUAUAAAGAAGGAACUAAUUUAAAUUGUGAGUUAAUGGAAAUUCAAUUAAGGCUUUUUGAUAAAAAAAAUCAAUUUGACUCUUUUGAGUUAGAUAGACUUAAUGCAUUUAUUAAUUCUUAUCAACACUGUCUUCAAUUAUUAGCAAAUCAAAUUAAUAUGAAUCAAACACUUAAACUUGAUACUGUUGUAAAUCCAAUUGAUAGUUGUACUCCUCUCAUAGUCCCUACAAUGGAAGAUCCUAAAGAAGCAAUUGCAGAUAAAAGAAUAGGUAUUAUCACUCCAAGGUCCUUUAAAAAACCUACAUUGAGUAAACCUCCUGAGUGUAAAGGUCUUCCAAUUUGUCAGCCUAUUCAUCGUACUAUUUCUUUAUAUUCUGAUGAGUUUGAAAAACAAACAGGAAUUUCAGCAGAUCCAUUUUAUACUACUGACAGUUUAAGAAAUGGUAACGAAGAUGACUCCCAACAAUCACAAUAUACUGAUUAUCAAACUGAUAUCACUGGGUUAUGA